GCAUUACUUAUGAUGCCAAAACAGACUGUCUUCACGUCACACCGCAACACAAAGAAGCAGCAACAACACCACGAGGCAUYCUAAGCAAGAUAUCUUCCAUCUUUGAUCCCCACGGAUGGCUUAGUGCGUUCACCAUCAGAGGACGUAUAUUHUACCAAACCAUCUGUAUCGACAAAAUUGGAUGGGACGAGGAGAUUCCGGAAGACAAGCUGAAAAARUGGAAGAAGUGGGAAGAUGAAUCAAAAGAAGUCGAAAAGAUGCCAAUUGAUAGAUGUUUCCGCCAGGCGAAGAAACCCUGCGAUACAGAGCUUCAUGUCUUCUCAGACAGUUCUACCCAAGCAAAAUGCGCAGUUGCGUAUCUACGAUUUGUCUACGAAGACGGUACAAGCGAGACGAAAUUACUCGCAUCAAGAUCACGAGUAGCACCACUAAAGAAGUCAACAAUACYACGCCUAGAAUUGGAUGCUCUGUGCAUGGCAACAAAGCUUGCAUUAACCCUUAUUGAUGAGUUGGAUUACGAAAUCGCWAAGAUUUACUUCUGGGUAGAUUCAAUGGUAGUACUACACUGGAUUCAUCAACCCAGUAAUAAAUACCGAGAUUACGUAGCACAUCGCAUUGUGGCUGUACAAGAAGACUUCAAAGCACUACGAGACAACCAAAGAGAGAUCGAUGUCAGAUAYGUCCCUACAGCUGUUAACAUCGCCGACGCUGGCACUCGAGGACUAGCUCUAGCUGAGAUGACAAAGGAUAGUACGUGGCAAAAAGGACCGCACUUCCUAUCGCAACCUGAAGAAUACUGGCCGAAGAAGUGGGAUCAGAACGAGGAAAUUAUAGACGAGRAGCUACGAAAGACGGUGCACAUCAAAGCUACUGAUGUCAAGAGAAGUGUAUUCGACCUUACGCGCUACUCAACUCUCUCCAAAGCCAUACGUAUAACAGCGUAUGUACUGAAGUUUAUCAACAGAUGCAAACUUAGACUUCAGAGAACGAAGACUACUGCAUCUAAAGAAAAGACAGCCGAAGUAGAAGGUCAAAUUCUAACAGUCAACGAACUUCAUGAAGCGGAACAACUACUCAUAAMGUUAUCACAAGCAGAGUCAUUCGCAGAAGAAGUGAAAGCUCUCAAGACAUCCAAUGAAUUACCAAAAAGAUCAAAACUGAAACAGAUGUCUCCAACCAUAGAUCAAGACGGACUUCUGAGAGUCGGAGGAAGAAUAAACGAAGCGYCAAUCGACUACGACGCAAGACACCCUGUCAUAAUCGAUGGAAGAUCAGAGAUUGGAAGACUAAUCGUUGCUGAGUAUCAUCAAAGAUUAGCCCAUGGACCAAUAGAGUAUGUCCUUAGCUCUAUCAGAUUGAAGUUUUGGCUAGUUCAUGGACGACCAGUGAUCAAGAAAUACACAAGAGAAUGUCUAUACUGCAAACAGCAGCGAGCGAAGCCUAACCCACCAUUCAUGGGAUCGUUGCCAGCACGUCGUUUAACUCCAUUCUUACCUCCAUUUACACAUACCAUUGUUGAUCUGUUUGGUCCUGUGUACSUUAAAGAAAGACGAAAUGAAGUAAAGAAGUGGGUAGUACUCUUUUGCUGUGCUAAUUUACGAGCCAUUCAUCUAGAGAUUGCAGAGUCCCUAUCAACCGAUGCAUUUCUCAACUGUUUUUCGAGGUUUAGCAAYCGYCGAGGAUAUCCAAGAACUGUCACAUCUGACAAUGGUACAAACCUUGYUGGUGCAAAUAAAGAACUAAGAGAAGGUUGGAAUAACUUGAAGAAGGAAAAGGGACUUCRAGAUCUCAGCAGUCACGGAAUAGAAUGGAAGUUUAUUCCACCAAGCUCACCGCACAUGAAUGGAGCAGCGGAAAGACUCGUCAGAUCCUGCAAGAGAGCCUUACAUGCUAUACUUCACGGACAAAACGUCAAGUAUGACACCCUGAAUACUGCUCUGGUAGAAGUAGAAGGUAUCCUGAACUCAAGACCCAUCACACCAGCAAGCACAGACCCUCAMGAUUUAGAGGCAUUAACCCCAAAUCACAUCUUACUGCACAAGCCCAAUCUCAACGCAGCAUUCGACGUGGUUCAAGACCGUGAAAUAAACUCGAGGAAAAGUUACAGAAAAGCUCAAGUGUUGGCACAAAGAUUUUGGAGCCGAUGGAUAACCGAGUACUUGCCUAUGCUGACAAACAGAAAUAAAUGGACGAAUCAGGUGCGAAAUAUGCAAGAAGGAGAUCUAGUGAUCAUUAAAGACUCCAAGACCUUCCAAAGAGGAAAUUGGCCAAUUGGAAUASUGCUAGAGACAUAUCCCGGAAAGGAUG